AUGUUAAAACUCCGAAGAGGCUUACGUGGGAUUUUGAGACCUUUAAGAUGCCACUACAGUAAUUUAGCCUUCUCACUGAUGGCACAUGUGUUAGCUGACCAUGGAGCUGAGGGGCAAUACCAGCGCUGGAUCUCAGAGAACAUUCUGGACCGCUUGGGCAUGGAGGACACUGGCUUCGACAUCACGCCACCAAUCCGUUCUCAGAUGGCUGUGGGUUUCUAUGGGAGCCAGCAGCCAGCCCCUCUCUAUGAUCUUGGCUGGUACAGGCCUUCUGGCCAGAUGUACUCCACAGCUGCCGACCUUGCCAAACUAGCAAUGGUCUUCUUAGGCACCUACCACCGUCGCCUCCUAGAGCCUGACACGGUGAAGACAAUGCUGACUCCUCUGUUUAAGUGCUCCACUGAAUACUUUGCUAACAAGACCGGCACACCCUGGGAGAUUAAUGAGCAAUUAGGAUAUGAUGUGAUUAGGAAGGAUGGAGACCUCGAUGGCUAUUCAGCUACCUUCUCCCUUAUCCCCAAGCUCCGUCUGAGCUUCAUUGUGCUGAUGGCAGGGCCCAGGCCUCAGGGUGGAGAUAUUGUGACUCAGACAUACGAGUAUCUUAUUCCUGCCAUGGAGACGGCAUUCAGAGAGGCAGAGAAAAGCUUGAUUCCUCCUCCAAGUCCAGGUCCUUAUGUUGGCUACUAUACCUAUUCCAACCUGACUUUCUACGAGAUCAAAGUUGGACCUGGUGGGGUACUGGUCAUGCAGCAGUUUGGGCCUCACGUGGAAGAGCUGAUUCCUGAAAAGUACCGGACAAUCAAGCUCCACCACCUGGAAGAUCGUGUUUUCCAAGUUGUUUUUGACAAGGAGUUCCCAUGUGUUCUGCACCUGGGCUCUGCUUCCAUCUCACUUGAGACCCAAAAUGGGCAGCUCUUUAACUUUUAUCCAUUCGAUCGCAAGGGUUUAUCUCCUGGCUUUGAUGCACCAGGGCUGAACACAUACAACGUGGUGCGUGUACUUCGUAAACCUGUAUUCUAUAGCUAA